UGCCAAUUCUCUACAAGCAGCACACACGAUGACGAUGAGUGAGGUGAAGAACACCGCGCUUGGCGUGGUGUGUGGGCUGGUUUCUGGUGCGACGGUGAUUGCUGGGCUGGAGCACGUCGGGCACACCAUCUUCGGCACGCCCAAGGGCUUGCACAAGGACACGCCGUAUGAGGAGGCAAAGGAGAUCAUUCGCGCGCACGUGCGGGAGGCGUCGCCGCUGUCGCUGCUGUGGGUCAUUGGCGCACACGGGUGCGGCUCCUUCGUUGGCGGCUACGUCGCUUACAAGUUCUCUAGCUCGGCCAUCAUCGGGCGCAGCGCGGGCGUGGUUGGCAGCAUGUUCCUCGCCGGCGGCAUUGCAAACAUCGCCGCCAUCCCACACCCGUGGUGGUGGUCUGUGUGCGACGUCCUCGUCUACUUUCCCACAGCGUACGCCGGCGCCACCAUUGUAACCAAACAAACGCCUCUCUUGUGA